UACAAAGCAAAGAAAUGUCUCGUUCACGUCGCAUUUGUGUGUUGUAAAGUAGUGUCUUCUUGUUAGAAAUUUUUUCAGUGACUUUGUUAUAAUUUUGACAAUUCUAAAUUAAUACAAUUUUAUUUCAUAAAUUAAUGGUGACUUGUAUUUUUAUUUUGAAUCGUACUUGUAAGUUUUGUAAAGUAGCCUACUUUAUCUUAGAUCCCUUCAAGCUUUAAGUUACGUGUACAAAUUAAGAAUAUCAAGAGCCAAAAUGUCUAAAAUUCAAACCAAAAUUAAUUUUGUGGAAAAGAAGAAGACUUCGGCACGCUUACAACAAAAAUUUCUAAAAACUGACAUAAAGAAAAUUAGUGAAAUAAAUGCAGAUUCACCUUCAAAAGAAGAAAAGUCAAAAAACAAAGAAAAUGAGCUCAAAGUAAAAGUACUAUGUCCAAAAAACCCUACUCUGCUGAUUUACCGUAUCUCACCCGUAAAGACUGCCAAAGCCAAUGAUAUUAAAAAAGAAGAUUUGCCUUGUAUGAUUGAAUCGUCUCCUUCUAAAAGAAAUUCAGCGACUUCAGAAGGAAUUCAGAAAGAGUCUACCAUUUCCAGAUCACCACUGAAAGAGAAAACAGACAGUACAAUUACACCCACCAAACAAAGAAAAGAUCAUUGUACAAGAACAUUCACAAAAAAAGAAAAUAUAACAUUACUUAAAGAAGAACCGAAAGGAAAUAACGAUUCCAGUGUUAAAAAUUCCCCUUUAAAAAGACAAUCACCUUCGAAAAAAAGAAAAGAAGGGGAUGGUUUAAGUCCUCCAAAACAAAAAUGUGUUCAAGAAGAAACUCCAAGCCAGCUUUUAACAAAACUUGCCUUGAAAAGUCCAGAAAGAGCACAAGAAUCAAGAUCUCGGAAAGAACUUUUUCCUAAAGGAGAGUUUGACGAGGCGUGUAAAGCGCUUCAUAGCUCCGCGCCUGUCUCGCUGCCUGGUAGAGAAGACAAGUUGCAAUACAUAAAACAGUUCCUAACCAAACAUGCAGACGACCAAAGUUCUGGUACACUCUAUAUAUCCGGACCUCCAGGUACUGGCAAGACUGCCUCUAUAAACUUGGCCAUCUCAGAUGCUAAGAUUGCGGAUCAGUACAAGGUUGUAUGUUUAAACUGCACGUCCAUCACAUCUUGUGGGUCAAUAUACAACAGAAUAGUUAGCGAACUGAAACUCAAGGCCCUUGGACAUUCUGAGAAAGCUGCUCUUUCGGCAAUAGAAAAACAUCUGGAGUCGGGCAAGCGGAAAAUGAUUCUAAUAGUUCUGGAUGAGUUAGACCAGCUAUGCAGUACCAAACAGUCAGUGCUGUAUUCUGUAUUUGAGUGGCCGUCUCGGAAGGACGCUCGCCUGGUGUUGAUAGGUAUUGCCAACGCACUUGAUCUCACUGACAGAGUGCUGCCUAGGUUACAGGCUCACUUAGCUUUCCAACCAACCGUCCUUCACUUCCCGUCCUACACUAGACAACAGAUCAUUGAUAUCAUUGCUGAUCGACUGACCCAGGCUGGCGUAGAGGCUGUAUUCUCAAAACCUACUCUACAGCUGUUGGCUGGCAAGGUAGCAGCAGUCAACGGAGAUGUUCGCCGAGCUCUCGAUAUUGCUCGCAGAGUGGUCGAGGUUGCUGAGAAACGUAGCAUGCAAGACGAACGUUCGGAAAGUGGUCCAAAGGCACAAACAGUGGCUUUGCAAGAAGUGAUGGCAGUCAUCAAUGAUGUUUACAGCACUGCACAAACACUAGACUCUUCCGAAACUGACAGUUUCCCUCUACAACAGAAGCUUCUCAUCUGCUCACUGCUUCUCAUACGACAAACGGCAAAAAGCAAAGAUGUCACUGUUGGAAAGCUUCAUGAAGUCUACAAGAAAGUUUGUGACCGGAGGAAUCUGUCUGCUCUAGACAUGUCUGAGUUCAUCUCUUUGAUGCCUCUAGUUGAAGCUAGAGGGAUUUUAAGGAUUUCCGGAAAAACCCACAACCGACUAUCAAAGGUAAUCCUUCAAUGGGAUGAAGGAGAGGUGAAGAAUGCUCUUCGUGACAAGCAGCUUCUUGCAGCUGUUCUUACAGACAAAGGAAUAGUUUAAGCAACCUCUUUACAACCUACUUAUUUAUUAAACAUCGCGCU